UUGAAAAAGUAUAUAAACUAUUGAUUCGGCUUUAUUUAAUAUCAGUCUACAUCCAAAGCAAGUCAUAAAAGCUCAUCUUUGAAAUUCAAUUUGUUUCGAAUUAAAUAUAAAUCAUCAAUAUGCAAUUCAAAAUUUUCGUAUUCAUUGCUUUAGUUUUGACCGUCUUUGUGGCUCAACGUGAAGCAGGUUGGCUGAAAAAAGUUGGCAAGAAAAUUGAACGAGUUGGUCAACAUACCCGCGAUGCCACAAUUCAGGCCAUUGGUGUGGCUCAACAGGCAGCGAAUGUUGCUGCAACAGUGAAGGGAAGAUAAAUAUUUUUACCAAAUUUUUAAAAAAAAGUUCAUCAAUGCUUUUUAUGAUUCAAAAAAAUAAAAUUAAGCAGUUACA